AUGGAACUUGAAUUGGGGCUCAAGAUCAUCAGAACCAGCGAUGAUUUCUCCUCAGCCGACCUGCGGAUCGCCAAAGACCGGUCCGGCCCUCUGUUUGUUUCCCGAGAAUCCGAUGCCAUGUUCAUCCUCACUGCCUAUCUCAAAGGCUACAGAAGAGAAUGGAUAAAGAUUGAGAUAAAUGAGGAUGGGAGUAGGAUUGUAAUAAGCGGCGAAAAGCCGGUGCAGGAGAUGGUGAUGGUGGGCUGGAUGAUGUACAAGAAAGAGAUGGAGAUGAGGGGAUUUAAGAAGGGUUUCAAGAUCCCUGAUGGGGUGAUUUUGGAUGAUAUCAAGGCGAGGUUCGAUGAGGAGGAGUCGACACUGACAGUUUCAAUGCCUAAGCUUGUUAAAGGAAUACGCGGUGAGGGGGUUGAGGAAGAAGUGAUCGAAAACGAGGCUGCUGAGAAUAAUGUGGAAGAAGUUGCAGGGGAAAAGGUUCAUGAUUCGAAGGACGAGGAGGUAGAGGAAGAAAGUGAAGCAGAGCUGGAAGAGAGAGAAUGUGGUCAAGAGAAGGAAAUGCCAAGCUCUCCACCAUUAGUUGAAAAGGCUCAAGUUGUUGAAGAUCACGAUAUUGCUGAUCAAAUUGAUGCUUCAAGGCAUGAGCAAGAACGGCAACAGCUUCAGGGGAAAGAUGAAACUCAGAAAGAGAGGAGAAAUGGUGAUCAGGCGAGCCAGCCACGGGAGAGAAUCUCCAAGAAGUUCCGUGUCCCGAUCGUCGCAGGAUCGGCGAUUCUAGUUUCUGUCAUAGUGUUUGUGAUCCACUUGAUCAGAACUAAGAACCCACCUAGCAAAAGGAGGAAUUAG